UAUAAAAUUAAAACUGCCACGUGACGUUCCCACGGCAAACGGUUCUGUACUCUUACACUGUCAGUCUCAGUCUCAGUUCCAGUUCCAAGAUAUUCCGUACUCUCCACUUCUUUUUACUUUUCUCACACGCAACCAAAUCCAUCCGUUUCAACAAACACAAAACCACGUUCCGCGUUUGGAUUCUCCAAUGGCGUCAAUUACUUUUUCUCUUCUUCAAUUUCAUCGUGCUCCUAUUCUUCUGCUAAUUCUGCUCGCGGGUUUCGGUCACUGCCAUAUUCCGUCAACCCUCGAAGGUCCCUUUGAUCCCGUCACCGUUCCGUUCGACCCCGCCUUGCGCGGCGUCGCCGUCGACUUGCCGGAAACUGAUCCUCGAGUUCGCCGCCGCGUCCGGGGUUUCGAGCCCGAACAGAUUUCGGUGUCUCUCUCUACCUCCCAUGACUCCGUUUGGAUAUCUUGGGUUACAGGGGAGUUCCAAAUAGGUCUCGACAUCAAGCCUUUAGACCCUAAAACUGUAUCAAGUGUUGUUCAAUAUGGAACUUCAACAUUUGAAUUAGUGCAUGAAGCUAGAGGCCAGUCUCUCAUCUACAACCAGCUCUAUCCUUUUGAAGGCCUUCAGAAUUACACAUCUGGAAUCAUCCAUCACGUUCAACUCAAAGGAUUGGAACCAAGCACACUAUACUAUUAUCAAUGUGGAGAUCCUUCAUUGCAAGCCAUGAGUGAUAUAUACUAUUUCAGGACCAUGCCAAUUUCUGGUUCAAAGAGCUACCCAGGCAAAGUAGCUGUAGUAGGAGAUCUUGGUCUUACUUAUAAUACAACUACUACCAUCGGUCACCUGACUAGUAAUGAACCUGAUCUUCUUCUAUUGAUUGGUGAUGUAACCUACGCGAAUCUGUACCUCACAAAUGGAACUGGCUCUGAUUGUUAUAGUUGCUCGUUUCCACUAACUCCUAUACAUGAAACCUACCAGCCUCGAUGGGAUUAUUGGGGAAGGUUUAUGCAGAAUCUAGUUUCUAACGUUCCAAUAAUGGUGGUAGAAGGAAAUCAUGAAAUAGAAAAACAGGCUGAAAACAGGACAUUUGUGGCCUACAGUUCUAGGUUUGCAUUCCCCUCUCAAGAAAGUGGAUCUUCAUCUACAUUCUACUAUUCUUUCAAUGCUGGAGGCAUUCAUUUUAUUAUGCUUGGGGCUUAUAUUAACUAUGAUAAAACGGCUGAACAAUACAAGUGGUUGGAGAGAGAUCUGGAAAAUGUUGAUAGAUCAAUAACUCCCUGGCUUGUAGUUACUUGGCAUCCACCAUGGUAUAGUUCUUAUGAAGCCCAUUACAGAGAAGCAGAGUGCAUGAGGGUGGAGAUGGAGGACCUAUUAUACGCAUAUGGUGUGGAUAUAAUAUUUAAUGGACAUGUUCAUGCCUAUGAGAGGUCAAACCGAGUUUACAAUUACAAUUUAGAUCCAUGUGGUCCUGUAUAUAUUACAGUUGGGGAUGGGGGCAACAGAGAGAAGAUGGCAAUCAAAUUCGCAGACGAGCCUGGUCAUUGUCCCGAUCCAUUAAGUACUCCUGAUCCUUAUAUGGGUGGCUUUUGUGCAACAAAUUUUACGUUUGGUACAAAAGUGAGUAAGUUUUGUUGGGAUCGCCAGCCAGAUUACAGUGCUUUCAGAGAAAGUAGCUUUGGCUAUGGGAUUCUAGAGGUGAAAAAUGAAACUUGGGCUUUGUGGAGUUGGUAUCGUAAUCAGGACUCUUACAAGGAAGUUGGGGAUCAAAUUUACAUAGUGAGACAACCUGAUAUAUGCCCCAUCCAUCAAAGGGUGAACAUAGAUUGCAUUGCUUCGAUAUAAGAGCCACGAGGAGGAAUUCAUUUGCUGUCAUUGAUGAAAAUGUCUCAAUAGCUGAAUAUAAACCUCCGUGGAAAACCUAAUAGUGCUAAAUGUCACUACUGGGUUGAGUAGAGUAGGCAGACGAUCUAUCUUUCAAAAGAUGUUAACGCUCCUACUAGUCUACUACUAGGGCCCAAUAUUACAGUAAACUGUGUUGUUUGUUAACUAUCAAUAUACAGAGUGUGAAACAUUAAAAUUGUAAAUCCUUAAUAUUUUGCUAAAUGAGAAUGAAAAUUGCGCGGUUA